ACACCAUCCCAGAGCCCAGUGCUUACCUCACAGGCAGACUGAUAUUACACAGAGGCCCGUCAGCAGGGUCCGAGGCGCACUCUGUUUAACCAUGUCCUCCCAGCACAGCAGCUCUUAGCAGUACAUGAGGGCCCCGUCGCUCCCACCUCCACCAAGAUGGAGAAAGCUAGGCUGCACCUUUUUAACGGCUGAACGUCUGAAGCCAGUGCUGCUGUUUAGCCGUGGCGGGGUCACUUUUUAAGCUUGCUUGGCGGCCCUGUGUUAUAUACUUCACUGUAAGUCGGUCUGCGGGAGUCUAAAUCUGUGAAAGCUGUGUCUUCCAGUGAGAGCUCUGUGAAACAGCAACAUCGAGAGAGAGAGCGAGAGAGAGAGAGAGGGAAGUGUGAUUUUACACGCAGAGACGCGUUGACAGGCGCAGCAAGGCUCAGGACAGCACGCAGUUGGAAAGGUCAGUGGGAAAACGAUUCAUCAUCAGACUUUAAUCAGGCUCAGGAUGUCUUCAUCUGACAUAAAUACAAAAGACAUUUAGAAUGAAAUUGGGGUGAAGUCAACGAAGAUCCUGAAGAACAUGCAUGUUUGGAUAAAAAUACAACAAAUGUGAAAGAAAUUCAGUCGGAUUGAAAAAACAAGCUAGGGAACAAUAGCAGACAGGGAAAUAAUGAGCUACUAUGUGGCAUUGAAUUAAUUAGAUUAUUGCAGAUAUGCAGAAUAAGUGUUUAAGAGUGAGCUGAAGAGAAAUGGUCAAUGAUUCAGAACCUCCCACCUAGAUGCACUCCCUCUGGAUUACGAUGCUGAGGAUUUGAGCGACGUGAUUGGAGAAGGCCUUCCCUUUGCGUGCAUGGGAGUGGCCAUCCACCGCAGUGAUUGGCUGAAUCACGCGUCCUGUGACUAUCUCCAGAUUUCGAAGCUGAAUAUUUUGGCAGCGCAGAAACAGCUGAUGUCAAUGGAGAAGUGAAAAGCGUAACCAUGCCUGAAGCUUGGCUAGGUGACGAGGGCGUGGAGAUCAAGAGGCAGAUCACCGGCAUGAUGAGGCUGCUGAACGACAAGGCGGGCCGCAUGUACCAGCGGGUGGGCCGGGAGGGGGAGAGCCUGAAGCAGGAGCCUCGGGACCCGGAGCUGGGCUGGAGCCGCCCGCCGCCCGCCUGCCCCCCCGUCCCCCCCGCCGCCACCGGCCCGGCGCAGGAGGAGCCGCAGCCCGGCGACUGGGGCCCCGAGGCCCCCUUCAGGGCGCAGGUCUCCGGCCAGUACGGCACCCGCUCCAAGACCCUGCGCAUGCUCGGCACGGCCAAGGGCGUGGCCAAGGUCAACGACGCCGUCCCGCCCCUGACCAGCGCGGUGGAGCCCAGCUGCUGCAUGUGCAACUGCAAGACCACCCUGCAGGCCAUCCUGCAGGAGCUGCGCACCAUGAGGAAGCUAAUGCAGACGCAGAAAGGGCCUCAGGAGAAGCAGCGGAUCCAGGGCUCCGUCAGCCCCGCCCGUCCCCCCGGCCCGAGGAAGAGGCCCCGCAAGAGGAGGCCUGUCCACAGGGUGGCGCCACCGCCGCCCGCCGCCCCCGCCUGCAAGAGAUCCCCGCCACCGCCGGCCGCCGGCGCGACCCCCGAGCCCUGCGGGAGGAGGGAGAGGGGCGCCCGGGAGAGGCCCGCCCCCGUCCAGCCGGCCCCGCCCACCCAGCCCGCCCCCACCGACCCUCCGGCCCCGCCCCCUCCGGCCGACGCCCCCCUCACGCACUACGGCCUGGUCCGGGAGCCGCUCUCGGCAGAGCCGGAGGUCCAGCUGGCAGAGGACUAUGACGUGUACAUUCCUAAGUCCCAGCUGGACUCCAUCCUGGUCAAUUACACGCGCUCCGGCAGCCUGCUGUUCCGGAAGCUGGUGUGCGCCUUCUUCGAUGACACCACACUGGCCAACUCCCUCCCCAACGGCAAGCGGAAGAGGGGGCUCAACGACAACAGGAAGGGGCUCGACCAGAACAUCGUGGGAGCCAUAAGGGCCUUCACGGAGAAGUACUGCACCGCCAACAGAAUCGAGCGGCUCCCGGGCCCCCGGGACUGGGUGCAGAUCCUGCAGGAUCAGAUCAAGCUGGCCAGGAGACGGUUAAAAAGAGGUAAUUGGGCAGAGGCUGCGGACUGCGAUGAGACUUUCAGCAGACCCUCCGUUAAAACAGAAGAAUUCCACUGUUCCGAAGAUGGAAGGGAAAGGGCGUUGCCUCCAACAGGCGGCGACUUCGAGAAGCCGGCGGAAGACUGCCACGUCACCACCGAGGAGGACGCCUUGGCCUAGGCCGCGGUUCCCCUCCCGGACGACCGGAGCUGCACGAUGGCGACACUGGCGGUAUCGCGGCAUCGCGCCCCUCACUUUUAACUGUGUGCCACUUCCAAAGUCCAUUCCGGAGAGCUUGUACUGUAGUUAUUUUACUGUGAGACUUGAUUCAUUUGUCAUUGUUGCUGAGAAGGCCAUUGCUAAAGUAUGAGGUAAGUCUAAUUUGCUUUUUUGCGGUGUUCUGCAACAUGAUGUGACUGUUUUGUCAAACGGAGACCCUUUGGACUGUGUAGCUAUGGAGAGCCUCGCUCUCUCUGGGGACCUCCCACGCAGUCCUUGGAACAAGGAAGUUAACGUCUGCAUUUGAAAUGCGUUAAUCACACUCCAGACUGUAGACUUCUUAACGCAGGUAUUAUUGAGAGCGAGAUCCGUGAGGCAAUCCAGAUAUCCUCAGUGUGUGUGUCCAGAGGUCAUCUUGUGUUACCGGUUGACGUUCCACGAUCCACAAUGUCCCCAUUAUGCCUAUCCGUUCAAUGUGUGUGUGUGUGUGUGUGUGUGUGUGUGCUGUAUUUUCUUUCCGGACUGAGUUCUGCAGUGCUGCUUGUUUGUCUGGUUAUACUGUUGUUUUCACACAAUAAUCACAUCUUACAGGAAGUCAUAGCUGGUGAUUGUCUGCGCUCGUGAGAAUGAAUUUGCCACGGGAGCGGGGAAUAUUUACUGAUCUUGACGUUAUUCGGUGGCUCAUCUUCCCCAAUGACUGAUAUCAGCCCAUACACACACACAAAAAAAAUUGUCAAAUCUGUGAAAUUGUCCUACUCAUAAUCGUUUCCUUGUGAAUGCAAGUGCUUGUUCGUCACUGCUGGCUGAACGCAAUGGAAGCUUUCUUUAAAUUGACUGUAACUGAGGGGCUGUUAUUAAGUCUCCACGUUUGAUGGUACGAUAUUCAGUUCCACGCAAUUCAAAUUGAAUGUCAUCGCUCUGCCAGAGCUAACAAAUGCUGAGGCGUCACCUUUGUUCUAGUCAACCGCUCUGAUCUUUUUAUGGAAAAACAGCUUAUUCAAUUAGGAACAAUACUAGAAAUUGGCUUUCUGCAAUCUACAGUAAUUGCUCGCUAAAAACCUCAAGAGAAUGAUAAUGAAAGAGAAUUGUGACAGAAAUGAAAAAUUUUACGUAGUGAAAAGAUGUCUUUUAAAAAAAAAAACACAAAUGAAUGCACAAGUAGUGAUUUUAUGUGACCAUUUCUUAAUCACUCCUUGCCUUUCAUAGUGUGAGUAAUUAUAAUUUUAAUAUGUAAAUAAAGUUUAUAUCUUUAAAGAAAUAUUUAGUAUUGUUAAGAUGUAAUGUUAGCAAUAUUGUAUUUCAAUUAGAUGCUUUAUUAUACAACAGUGUGUCAACAACAACAAAGCCCAUGCAGGAUACACGUCUGAGCACUUUAAUUUUAUUUCGGUUGCUUGGGUUAGUGAAUAAACCCAAUCGGUUUAUAUAUGAACUAAUGGCUUCCGCUAAUGUACACGUUGAAGUUCUAGAAGUUAUUGUGUAGGAACAACAGAGAUGUGGACAUAAUGUAAAAUUGUACAGGCGUUCACUUGGUGUUUAUGGACUUGUUUACAAUUUGUAUGUGAAAUAUAGGCUACAGUAUUUACCGUGAUCCCGACUGCUGUGUUUUCUAUGGUGUGUACAAGGCCAAAAAUCUGUAAUUGGUUCUUUUGUCUUAAUAUAUGUAAAGUAUAAGUAGCCUUACAAUAUUGACAUCGAUUGCCCCUCGACGAGAGCAUCAGUAUUCCUGACAGAAUAAAGCAUUGUCUCAUA